UGUGUAGACUUUUCAUAUUCACUGUACACUCUAUUGCCAAAGUAUUGGGACACCUGCCUUUACACGCACAUGAACUUUAAUGGUGUUCCAAUCACCUUCAUGGCCACAGGCAUGCAGACUGCUUCUACAAAUAUUUGUGAAAGAAUGGGUCACUCUCUGGAGUUCAGUGACUCCAAGCGUGGUCCCGUGAUAGGUUGCCACCUGUACAAUAAGUCCAUCCGUGAAAUUUCCUUGCUACUAAAUAUUCCACGGUCAACUGUUUGUGAUAUUAUAACAAAGUGGAAGCAACUGGGAACAACAGAAACUCAGCCACGAAGUGAUAGGCCACAUAAAAUGACAGAGCAGGGUCAGCGCAUGCUGAAGUGCACAGAAGUCACCAACUGUCUGCAGAGUCAA